CUCACGUACACAGUACGGUAAUACACACACCACAUUCCUUCUGAAUCCUGAUUCCACCGCCGUGUUAGCGUACCUUAAUGUGACAGCUGUAGUGUUCGAAUUUUGAAACUAGUUCUGCGAAAUUGGUUGACUCUUCGUCUUCUUCUUCUUAGCUUCAAACUCAUGCAUUCACAAGGUUCAAGCUCAAGGAAUCAAUAUGAUUGGGACAGUGAUGACGAGCUUGAGGUAUUUGGCAUGCCUCAAGAGAGCAAUGUACACGGUGUGGAGGAGAGUGGUUCAACUUGUUCAAGUGCCAAGAACAGCAAGCUGAUUCAUCACUUUGUGGGAAUGGGGUUUUCCGUAGAGGAAGUGAUCAAAGCUAUUGAGGAAGAUGGAGAAGACAAUGAGGAAAACAUUCUGGAGACUCUACUAACACUUGCAGCUACCAUCGACGAUCCUAUGCGAGAAGCUUUCACAGAACCAUGUGAUUUUGCUAAGGAAAGUGUUACAACAAUUGACAUAUCUGAUGAUGAUGAUGAUUAUGGUAUUACUGAUUCUGAAAUUGAGGUGGAUUUCUUUUCUAUGAUUUUUCUUUGA